CUCGGCGCUGCUUCAGGGUCUGGCGCAGGAGGUGGACCCGUGGGCGCCGGGGUUCUGGCGCGACUUCGGCAUCGGCAUGCUCAAGCCUCUGGCCGCCACAGCGGCCGUCGCCAUGGCCGUGGCGCUGAGCUCCACGCAGCGGCUGGGCAUCGAGGCGGAGAUGCUGUACGCCAUCGCGCGCUCCUUCCUGCAGCUCUCCGUCAUCGGCUUCGUGCUCCACUUCAUCUUCACCCAGAGCAGCCCGCUGUGGAUCCUCCUCGCCUACCUCUUCAUGGUCACCGUGGCCGGGCACACCGCGGGGCAGCGCGCCCGCCGCGUCCCGCGCGGCGGGUGCAUCGCCGGCGCGUCCAUCCUGGUCGGCACGGGGGUGACCAUGUUCCUGCUCGUCGUGCUCAGCGUCUUCGAGUUCACGCCCCGCUACAUCAUCCCCGUCGCCGGCAUGAUGGUCGGCAACGCCAUGACCGUCACCGGCGUCACCAUGAAGAAGCUCCACGAGGACGUCAAGUCCCAGAGGAACCUCGUACGCAGCAAGAUUUCGCCGUCGUCUUCUUGCAGAAACAAUCAGCCUGUUUACAAUCAGGUUGACCCGAUGCUGAGCCCACACUAA